AUGAUUUCUGCCCAUGUAGAUAAUAGUGAUCUAAAUGGCAUUAAUCUGGCUAGAAAUUACCUAACUCUUACCCAUCGUUUAUUUGCUGAUGAUAACAUGAUUUUUAUGAAUGCGAAAUAUAGAAACUAUAAAAUGCUCAAGAAGAUUUUGGAGGAUUAUUAUGCUGCCUCAGGUCAACAAGUUAAUAUGGAGAAGUCGAACCUAUUUUUCCCAGCAAAUACUCUAGACCAUGUACGAGAUGGGGUUACUGAUAUUUUGAACAUCUCAAAUGCUGAGGACCCGGGUAAAUAUCUUGGGUUGCCUAUCCUAUGGGGUAGAUUAAAGGAUGCAGCUCUUGCUUAUGUGCGGGAUAAAAUCACUACUAGGCGGAGGCCUGACAAGUUGGUUUGGGUAGUAGCAAAGGAUGGGCAAUAUAGUGUGAAACUGGGAUAUGUUGCAGCUACACGACCAAAUAUAGGGGUGGACAUUUAUAGGCCUGGGUCAUCGCGGUCUCGGUUGAUGGAUGGUAGUGUAUGGAAGGUAGUUUGGAACUUGAAGGUCAUGCUAAAAGUCAAACAUUUUAUGUGGAGAUUGAUGAAUAAUGCCCUUGCCACAAGAGAAGCGCUGGCCAAAAGAUGUGCUCCGAAUGAGUUCUGCCCUUUUUGUGGAGAGGAAGUGGAGACGACUGAACACGUAUUUCUUUUGUGUAACUGGGUUCGUGUGGCUUGGUUUAGUUGUUCUUUGGGUCUGCUCAUCAAUUAUAUGGAGGUGUGUGACAUGAAUUGUUGGUUUGGGGCUUUAUUACUAGAUGAGUUUAAAAAUAAUGAUUAUGGCAAGGCAUAUCUUAUCAUUUUUUGCUGGUUUAUCUGGAAAAUGAGGUGUAGAAGUGUCUUCAAAAAUAUAAACCCUGACCCUGCUGCUACAAUUGAUCUUACAAAUGCGUGCGUCAGUGAGUUCUGGGGUGUUAAGGAAUUGACGAAAUCUGCCCCUGUUAUGCCCGAGUAUGUUAAUGAAGUCAAGUGGCAAAAACCCCUCCCUGGGUGUAUCAUUGUCAAGAUGAAUUGUGAUGGGGCCUUUGAUGCUCGAACUGAUAAGGCUGAAAGCAUGCAAGCUGAUUCUGCUUUCUUCGUUGAACUCUUGACAGUGAAGAAGGCGGUUCUGCUCAGUGAUUUGUGGGAAGGUAUUCCUAUAACUAUUGAGACUGAUUGUGUUGAUGUCUUCAAUGCUGUGCAAUGGCGGAAAUACUCAGCAUGCCCCUGGAAGUACCAUGAGGUUUUGUCAGAUGUGCUUGAAUUGAUUGUGGACAGAAGAUUGAUCUCUGUGUCUCUUAUUUCUCGCAAGAGAAAUUAUGCAGCAGACUAUUUAGCUGCCUUAGCUUCAAGUGAGUUGGGACCUCAAGGUCUGGUUUCUGCACCGCCAUCUCCUCUAGCUCUUAUCAUUCUUCAGGAAGCAACCAUGAAUAGUACCCUUGACAAUGACUAG